AUGUGGAAUCCCCUUCCUUACAAGAUUAUUAGGAGGAUUAACCCUGAUGGAAAUGUUUAUGAAAUAACGCCUGUCGAUGGUGGAAAAACACAAACAGUCAACAGAAGUAAUCUGUUAUACAAACAGCACUUGCAAGAACCAGUAGACGCUGUGAAGUCUGAUAAUGCUCUAGACUCACAUGAGGAACAAGUAGACUCUGUGGGGUCAGAUGAGACUUCUAGUGAUUCAUUAUUUGGGAUUCAGCCCAUUACGGAUUCUGAUAGUGCAGGAACAAGUGAAGAUUUCAAAAGUGAACAACAAAGGAUUCACAGACCAAUUAUUCACAAGACACUUAAUGUAGAAGAUGAAGAUGAUCCAUCGUCAUCCUCUUCUUCAGAUGUAUCAGUAGUCAGUCUUAGACGAAGCAAGAGGCCAAAUAAAGGGAGACAUAAAAAUCCGUAUAACUUGCCAAGAAGCUGUUGCAAUAAGUUGCAAGUACUUGAGCCUCAAGAUAAGUUGAGUGUGUUAAAAGAUGGUUUCACUAGACAAUGCAACAUCUUUGAGAAUUAUUGCGCAGCAAUUACUAAACUAACAUAGUAGUGUAAAGUUAUUUGAAGUAAAACUUGAGUAGUAGUAUAAAGUUAGUUGUGAACUCAGUUUGGUAGAUGUCAAGUCACUGUAAGUCAAGUUGGUAAAAGUUAAGUCAAUGAUAUCGGGACGAUUCAUAAGUAAAAGGGGGGCAAAUGUGAUAGUGCGGGAAAUGUUUCCCGGGAAUAGCGUAUAUGUAAAGGUCUUUUUGUACAGUGUUGGGCGGCCAUGUUUAGUUUGCAUCACAUGUAUUUUCAAAUUCUGAAUGAAUUUUGAGACGAUAUCUGCAUAAGCAGAGGUUGUACAUGUAUGUUAUGAUAAAGGAGUGUUUCUAGUCCUUAGUGACGUUGGAGAAUAAAA